AUGUCUGAGGCGUGCACGGCGGCCGAGACGACGGCCGAAGACCUCGUCGAACGCGGCGGACGUCCCCCAGCCUCUCCCAAACCGGCCCGACCUCCUCUGACGGUAAGGGGGCGGUUACUGUAGAAAAAAGGAUAUUUUUGGCAUUCUUACCAUUGAGAGGUCCCACUGCGACCAGAGACCAUUCCCUGGUUCUUAUGAGGAAGUUUGAUCCCUUUUUUGGCAUCCAUGGCCUAGUAGUGAGCUAAAUUACUCCGAGAAGAGAGUUUGACUUGAAAAGUAAUCGAAAAAUGGGUUAUAAAAAUAGAGUUUGAGUCCAGGAGGUAUGAUCAACGGAAAUGGGAUUAAGCUUCAAUUUUAAGAGAUAAGAAUGAUUUUAACUUAGGAAGACUAGGGAGGAGGCCUCUUCCAAACCGGCCCGAACCUUUUUACCGUUUGAAGACUUCUUCUUCCGGGAAAGAGUUACUGCGUAGCUACUUGAAAAGUUUCAAGUCAUUUGCGAAGUUUCAAGUCAUUUGAGCCACUUUCAGAGAAGUUAUGCUCGAAUAAUUAUUUUGAAAUACCUUCAUUGACAGUACUGUAUUUCUCGAAAACUAGAAGGUUUUUCGGGUUGAGGCUUUCGGAAUCUUCUACUGGGAGUUUUCUGGCUGAUUUUGAAUCUCAACCGCAAAGUAGACGACCUUCCUUGUCAGGACGACUAGAGAGAAGGAUUUGAGAAUGUUUAAAAAGGUGUGUCUAUAGACUGAAGUGUAUGAAGUACUGAAAAUGAACUUUACCCGUCUUUUUCAACAAUGUCACUCCUGAAAGUAGGAACUUCCAACCGUAAGACAGUAAGAAAAAAAAAAGAAAAUUUCCCCCAUCAAGGAAUUUAUCUUCUUCAGAUAACCCGGCAAGGAAGUAGUAUUGUAUCUUCUGUUGACCGUGGCUCUGUUAGCCGAGAUUACGUUUAUUCCCUACAUCACAACUUCAAAUCAAGCCUGCUCUACGGAAAGAACAAUGUCGCCGUGGCGGUCAAUGGUGGCAAGGAAUCUGUCAAAGGUAAACUUUUCCAUUUUUUGCUCGAAAGGCGUGAAAUUUUGUAGUGCGGCAAUUAUGUAGCCUAAUAUGUCGGGAACUUUGAAUAUAAUGUCUUCAAUUGAUAUUUCGGAACCUGAGACUUCAGUUCGAUAGGAUAAGAUUGUUCUAAACUUCAACUUUUCGUUUUUCUACGUUUUCGAGCUGUAAGGAUAGUUUUAGCCUGAAAUUUUUCGUUGUUCCUUGAAAAAUUAAAAUUCAUAACUUCUUUUUAAUUUUGUGCGUCUUAAAUAAAUAGCCCCUCUCAGGAUUUUUUCGGUCCAAAAUUCAAUAAAAAAAAAUAGAAAUAAGUCCAAAAGUGCAAACUUUAGGUGCUCCAGUGAUAAUCGGCGUAUUUUUUUAAUCAAUCAGACUUUUUUGAGCUUUUGAAGCUGAAUUUUUUUAAGAUUUUUUUAGUUCCUGUGAUGAUGUUUUUGUUUUUUAUAAUACACAAGAAGCGGCACGCUUUUUCAGUUUUUUUUUUUCCCUUAGCUUGAAAUUUGCAUUUUUAUUUCCUUUGAAUGACCGCUUGCAGAACGCCUUAUACUUGUAAGCGUUCAGAUUUAGGCUACCUGUCGCUGCACAAGAACGUCGACGGAAAUCUUACCCUCAAAUGGACGCCGAAUCAACUUAUGCAUGCAAGGUUUGUAUUAGAUUCUCGUUUUUUUCCAUUAAAUAUUUUUUUGAAAAAUUAGCAGUUUGAUGAGAAAUACUCAGAGCUCAAAGACCGCCAAAAAAACUUGGCUAACCAGCGCUAUUUUUUUAGGGGGAGGGGGAAUUCGAAAUCGAGGAUUGUUUCAAAGGAUUGGUUAGAGAUUGAAGGAAUCGCAUGGGCUAGAAAAUUUGAAAAUAAACGGUUGAAAAUUAACUUACGGCGCGCCUUGGGGGUGCGCGCUUUUAUGCUUCCCCCUAACUUUUUGGAAUGGUUUUUUCGCGCGCCAAAGUUGGAUUUUGAUCCAGUUCACGUCUGCCUCGGAGUAUUUAGUUAAAUAAUUCCAUAAUUUUCAGCUCCCAGCCCUCGUCGGCUCACUCCAAAGACGGAGAAUUUGCUGGUUUAUGGCGCCACGCCAUUCACAUUGAAUUACAGGACAUUAUUUACAUCCACCUUCAUCAGAGAGGUUCGAAAAUGCAUUGUGAUGCUUCUCGUAGAAGAUUAAUUAAUGAAAAAUUGGUUUCUAAUGAGAAAAACAAAAGUGACGUGGAGAAGACGUUUAUGGAUUUAUUUCAUUGUUUGUUUAUUACGUGAAAUGGAUAUUUUUGAAAUAUUGAACUCCUUGAGAGAAAGUUGUGAUCAAAAACGUAGUUUUUCCUAUCUCUUCUGACCUCGCUGUAUCUUGAAAAAUGAAAAAGUCUCUAUAGAAUAUGUUCCAGACGAGAACUCGCCGGCGUGCCUGACCUUUGUCAACUGUGAAGGUGUUCAGUCAGCCCCCCUCCAACUCCCCGCCGGACAGCAUUCGUUGGCCUUCCUGACGUCCUUGGAGACUGGUCUCGCGCCCUUACUCCGCCUAGAUCCACCUCUCUGGACUGGACAGUCCAAAGGUCUAGUAGAAACAUCUUGCAAACUGAUAAGGGAACUUUUUUUUAGUACAGAACUUACAGGAUCUGAAAAACUCUAUCUUUUGAAAAUAUAAACUCUCAGGACCUAAAAUAUCCAGAAAUAAUUAUAGUUUUAACUUCUGUAUAGCCAUUUCGCAGCUUCUGAGAAAAACGAAGCUUUGAAAAAAAAAAAUGAAAACUGAAACGAUUCGAAAAUAACUUUAGGAAGUUCCUUUUUUAUUUAUUUAAAAAGAAUCUCUGUUUUCAGCUGAAUCCUGCUCGAAUUUUGAGCCGAACACGUGCUUUAUCACUUGCCUCCUUCGGAAUUAAAGACUUCAGUCAUUUUUUAAGAUUUCUGUGAAAUAUGAGAUUUAAAAUAUUGUUUUUGGGCCGUUGUUUUUGGGAAGAUUGGUUGGAUUUGACGUGAUGUUCACCUGUAAGCUGUAUGACGUUUUGCCGGAAUUCUAUUGAAAAAGACGGGGAAAAGCUUGAAAAAUUGAGCUUUUGUGAGAAAAUGGUCACGCCAGGUGUCCCAUCGUAUCAUCUGAAAUAAAGAGAUUUCGAUGAAAUAUUAUUCCAGGUUUUUAGAGCGAUCGAUUUUCUGGAUCUAAAGCGCAAAGUUUUGACAUCUUUGAACAUUAACAUUCUCAUGGACCGUUUUCCCAAUAUGUUCUACCAAGUAAAAUGUCCCCUUUUCCAGAAAAGAUCCUGCCGCGUUUGAGGAAACGAUCUACCGCUCAAGGAUCACCGCCAAUGAUGAUGGACUACGUUUUCCGGCUCGUCAGAACUUCUGGCCUCGAACCGGCGCCCGAAGACGACGAACCCGACUCCAAUGCCCCUUCGCCCAUUCCCCCGAUUCACGAUAAUUGGUUCAUAAUUUUUCUGAUUUUUUUUGGACAUUUGUCAACUUAUAGCUUGAAUAAAGUUUCUUUUCAGCGUCUCCCUGCCCAACUCGCCGUACUUCACCGACAACGUCGACAACCUUGUGAAGCGAGUUUCAGAAUAUAUUUUUCGGAAAAUAAUGGUCGAUGGAGCAUCUUUCUUUUUCGAGAUUUCUGAUUUUUUGAAUAGCUUGAUCUAGAUCGACACUUUUCUAAUGAAAAAUUUGAUAUUCCGGGGUAGAAAAUAAGAUUUUGAAAAGAGAUUUUUUGUUCUUCCCGUUUUGUAGAAGCAUUAGGUAAAAGAUAUUGAAAAUUAAGUUUUUUGAGUGAAUUUUUCUGAGUAGGAUAGGUUUUUUUUUUGGUUUUCCUGAUAAAAAGUAGGUUUUCUAGAGUUUUUUUAAUACUUUUUUUAUCAGCUCUGAGUUCAUUGAACCUAUUAAAAAACUUUGUUAGAGUUCAAUCCGAUUUUUUUUUUGACUCAAAAAGUUUUUCACAGAUGCUCUCUUCACUUUGGAUCACUAAGAAAAGAAAAUUUCAUACGUUUUCUUCAAUUUUUCUAAUCGAUUAAAGAAUAUUUUCCAGCUUACAAAUCGGCAAGGCGUGCCAAUCGAUGCAGCACCAGAUCCUCGCCAGGGCUUUUUAUGGAUGUUCGUUUUCGAUUUAUUUUAAAAAUAGCUCCUCUUCCAAAUCGAAUAUUCAAGCCACGUGAACCAUUUGCGCGCUCCACUUCAUUACCGUCGAAUGCCAGGAAAGAAAAAGCCAUAAUUGUCGAAUAUUCUAGAGCUUUCACACGGCUGGGUCACGCCUAUUCCCUCCGUAGACCACGCCUCUUUUUCUUUUUUUUGCGCCACCAAUUCGAUUCGUGUGCCGCGUUUUAUCGCAUUUUUUUGGGCGCUUUACCGCGAGAAAAAUUGACUUUUCAUGGAUUUUCUUUGGGAGAGUUUCGGUCGUUUUCCUGCCUUUUUUGGUUUUCUUUUUCAAAAUAUUUUCCGGUCAAAAAAAGCUUGAUAUGUUCAAGUAAAGGGAAUUUUUGAAAAUUUGGAGCUUUCUGGAGAUUUUUCUAAAUAUGUAGGUCGGGAAGUUUCAAUAAAGAUCAUUUUUUCGCUUUUCAAAACCUUUUUUCACGACUUCCUUGGCAAAUAUUGAGCGCAGAAUGUGAUUUGAAUUGAAAAUAGGUUCCUAAAAAGGAAGGUCCACUUGGCGGUUGAGCAUUCUCUGAAAAUUGACCAGAACACUUAUUUAAGUACCAGAUAAAGGUCUCAACUUGCAUAACUACUUAGUUUUUGGGAAAGACCACCUCGAAGUCAAAGAAACCCCUGAAAAUCCGCUGAAAUAGGCUUUGAGCCCUUAUUUUUCAAAAACUAGAGUUGUGACUCCGAGAAUCUUCUUCUGGUACCUCCAGAAGUGUUCUGACCAACUUUCAGGAAAUUCUCAACCACAAAGUAAAACUACCUUUUUUGUAAAAGUUAGAAGAAAAAUACUUCAAUUUAUUUGACCGAUGAAGUUUUUUCCUCAGUUUGAAACUCUUUAUUUUCCAAAAAUGGAGUCCUAUCCUUGCAGGGCUCACCUACGUGAGACACCUUCGAACUGUCCGAAAGCACCUGCUUCACCUGGUCAACACGGAGAACGCGAUGAAACACGACGACGAGGCGUUGCCGGUGGACGAGGCGUUCUGGAAAAAGUGCCGGACUGAGACCACUGUUCGUAGUUUUUUCGAGUCUUUGAUGUUUUAUAUGUUCCACGUGAUUGGACUUCCCUGUGUUUCUAAGUACCUUUUUGAAGUAUCUUGAGCCUCUUAGGAGCUCCAGAGUGGUCCCUAUAGGGGCAACUUUAGAAGCGCUUGGAGGGCCCCUCUAGGGACCACUUUACCAACACUUAUAGGAAUCACUUAAGCUUCCAAAGUAGUCCCUAUAGGAGACCUUCUAGUCGAUAAUUCUUAGGAACUCUAAGCGAAGAAGCAUUUCCAUGGGAAAAAACGGAAUGAAGAAGCUUUUUGAAUAAAGUUGAAAGACCCCUUUAGGGUCCACUUGAGCUUUAGGGAUUAAGGGGUCAGACUCUAAACUCCUAUAAGAAUCACCUUAAUUUUAUCCCUAUAGGGACCACUUUUUAGGCUCCUAUAGAGUUUGCUUUUGCCCCCCACCCCUAUAGGGACCAUUCUGGAAUUCCCAAGGUUUUCAUAACUCGAAAAACUUCAGUUGUUCGUUCCAGUAUGACAGUAGAAUUUAGGAAGAGCUGGAACGAGAAUUCCUGCAACGGGUCUACCUUCGUGGCAUCGAGGGGAAAAAUCCGAAAGAGCUCCGGAGACAGGUAAAUCCAAUCAAAAUUGGGAUCCAGAGGUUUUGAAAAGUUUUGAAAAAUUUUUUGGAUUCCAAGGGACUCGGAGAAAAAUGAGAGUUCACUAGAGUGGCUUACUAACAAAAGAACAGAUCGUUUGAAAGAAAAUUCAGAUGUUUUUUUCAAAGUUUUCAAUUUUUGAGAACGGCAGUGGCAUUGAGCUAUCACUACAGGAUGAGUAAAUCUUUCGACCCCUUAAGUGAUCACUUUCAGUACGCCUAAAGGCUACAAAAUUGGAUUUCAACGGGCUGUGACUCCUGUGCCUGAGAAGAAACGUCACUUUUCCAAAAAAUCGAUAAACUACUUCAGUGGUCACUGGAAAACCGCGCUUAUUUGAUCUUUUUAGGAUCUUGAACCCUCUAGUAGCCACUUGGUUCCUCCUUCAAGAAUGUCUUAGUUAUCAUCUUUGAAAUAACUUUGAAGAGCUCUCAGAAUAUUUUUCUAUUCAGGCGUGGCCAUACCUGCUCGGACUCUACGCCUGGACCGAGGCUCCCGAGCCGAAAACGAGCGAAUUCACGGCGAAAUACCGUGAAGAGGUCGACGAAUGGCGGAUUCUGGAGGCGGAAGUCAGACGUCGCGACGAGGAAGCUUUCAUCGCCGGUUCAUCUCUCUCUUUUUUUGGGCAAAAAAAUCCUUCUAUGGAAUGAGAUAUGGCGCCGUGGGCGCUUUUCAUUACCUUGGGCUUAAAUUUUGGGUUCCUGGUUGGGACACCGGAGAAUUUCAGAGUAGGAAAUGGAGAGUAUGCUGAUAUACCUGAUGAAUAUUUUUACCGGGUAAAUUUUUAGUGGCCACUAUGGAGGCUCGCCAAGGACUACUUGGAGAGGACACUGAAGUGAGCACUAAACCCACCUCUAUAGUGGCCACUAUUUUCCGUUUUAGGGGCCACUUCAGUAGUUUUUCAUCCAAUACUCCUUCCAGCAACUCUGAUAAUUUUAAAACAAACAGAGUGGACCAGUUAUGUUGAUCCAUGGACCCCUAAAGUGGCACUGAAAUUUUUAGUGGUCACUUUAGGGGUCAAUUAUUUUUAAUUUUUAACCAAUAAUUUUAAACAUCUUCAGUUGCCACUAAUUUGACUAAUAGUGGCCACUAAAAAAUUUUCUCAGUAUAGGAAGCAUUUUUUUGAUUUUUUUAGAGAUGAAAAAUGAAAAAAAUCUUGUUCAAAAAUGCAAGAUUCUCAUGAGGAUCUGAAAUUAAUUUUUUUGACUUUUAUGACUUUUUUUUCUUGGAAAUCGAGGUAUGAAAAAAAAAUUUUUAGAGCUCAUUCCAUCAAAAGAACGGAAAAUUCACACAGAAACACGCUGAAAGUUUUUUUGAACGAGUAAGAAAGUUUUUGUUUUGUGAUUUUUUCAUUUGAAAUUUUCAUAGUUCACACAAUUCUACGAUUUUUGGACCCACUUAAGAGACAACUUGAGCUCUAUCAAGCGCUUUGAACUCACUAUUAGAAUUUAGAAAAUUCAUCAAUUUCAACUCAAAUGGCAAAAAAAAACAUUUUCAGCCCGACAAAAACGAGGAUCGCCCACACGCGAGUGCUCCGUCAUGAGCGACGUUUUCGAAGACCCGGAGGUCUCUUUUCUUUUCCAUUUAUUGUGUUUGUCCCAAUUUCCUUUGACACUAAUCCAAUUUAUUCAUAAAUGAAUGAAUAGGAAGCGACGUGUUCCUCGGAGUGGCUCGUAACUCAAUUCGCGACGAACCUUCAUCGGAUCGACAAGGACGUCGAAAGAUGCGACCGCAACUUGAUCUUCUUCUCCAACAAGGACAACUUGGAGAGCUUGAGGUGGGGAGAUGAGGAGACAGUUGGAGAAAAUCGAAAAUUAGCCUUUUUUUUAAUUGACAGGUACAUUCAUGCUUUCUUAGGAACUUCAGAGGGGUCCCUAUAGGGGGAACCUUGCGCCCUUGGAGGGUCCCCUGAGGGACCACUCCACCAAACCCUAUAGGGGCCUGUAAACUUGCGAAAGACCCCUAUAGAGUCCACUUGAGCUUUAGGGGCUAAGGGGUCAGACCCUAAACCCCUAUAGAGACCACCUUAACUAUACCCCUACAGGGACCACUUUCGGCCCCUAUGGAGUUUGUUUUCCGCCAACCCCCCCUUCCCCCCAUCAACCUUUUUCCGUUAUAACGAUCUAAUUAUACCUGAAAUAACACAUUUAUUUGGAAAAAAAACCGUAGCAACGUUCAAAAUAACUUUUCAGCUCGAAAAAAACUUGCAGUUAGCAAAUUUCAGAAGAGUUAUGUGCACGUAUGUCCGCCGCAACCUCGAAGAAGGCUACAUCCAAGGAAUGUGUGACCUUUUGGCCCCACUCCUGGUCAUUUUCGAAGAUGGUUUGGAAGCUCCCUGAAACAAACUCUCAGCUUCAACAGUUGUAGAAGCUUUAACAUUGGAAUGCUUCACGAUUCUGAUGGGACGGUUGAGGGAAAACUUCCCGCAACGCUCUGGAAUGGACCAGUGUCUGUCGAACUUGCGCUCCCUGAUCCAGGUCAAUUUAUUGAUUAUGUAACCCCCUAAAUGUCAUGUUUCCAGGUCGUCGACCCGCAGAUCUUCACACUAUUGACGGGAACCGGCGAUUUCACUCACCUGUACUUCAGUUAUCGAUGGUUCCUGUUGGAUUUCAAGCGGGGUGAGGAAAUAUGAAUGUUUCAGGAAUUUUAAAAAAAAAAUGGAAAAAUUCAUUAUGAAAGGUUUAGAGAAACCUUAAAACUUGUCUGUUCAGCAUUGAUUUCUGGUGCGAAGGCGCGUUUUUCAUCGAAACUGCCCCUAAUUACUCCAAAAGGGCUCUUCACUGUGAGACCUCCAUGAUUCCUAUUCAUGCGCCUUUAAAAAAAACAUGAAACAUAAGAAAUAAGAACAUUUCCUCGGUUUCAAUUGAUUUCCAUCACUUCUCACGCCGUUUUUUUGAAGACGCCCCGCCCAUAUUUUUCCCGUAAAAUGUAGUGUAUCGUCUGCAUGCACCGCGGCGCUCGCGCACAUACCACGUUCAAAUCGAUUUUUCGCGAAAUUUAAAAAAAUCAUAUCAAAAUUUCUGAAAUUCAGUUAUAUUUUUUUCACUCUCUGAUGGCUAUUUCGAAUUUCGCGAAAUUACUCUCAACACGGUAUUUGUUUUUUUAAAAAUGAAACAGGAAAAUCGCGUUUUUUUGAAGGAGAAAUAUAUUCGUCUCAUGACCCGUUGAUGCGCCUUUAAUAUUUUUCUGUUGCUUACGCGUUUUUUUCCCCUGACGUCAACUAACAAAAAAACACCGUUUUCUGGGCAGAAAAAGAAAAAUUUCAUAAAAUUCAGGAAAAAAAGGCUUUUUCCACCUAACAAUUUCAAAAUAAAUAUCUUUUUAAAAAAAUCAUAUCAAAAUUUCUGAAAUUCAGUUAUAUUUUUUUCACUCUCUGAUGGCUAUUUCGAAUUUCGCGGAAUUACUUUCAACACGUUUUUUUAAAAAAAUGAAACAGAAAAAAAUCGCGUUUUUUUGAAGGAGAAAUAUAUUCGUCUCAUGACCCAUUGUUGCGCCUUUAAUAUUCUCUGUUGCUUACGCCUUUUUUUCCCCUGACGUCAACUAACAAAAACACCGUUUUCUGGGCAGAAAAAGAAAAUUUCAUAAAAUUCAGGAAAAAAAGGCUUUUUCCACCUAACAAUUUCAAAAUAAAUAUCUAUUUUUUUCCUAGAAUUGUCGUACGAGUGCACCUACAAAGUGUGGGAGACGAUCUGGGCGGCCGGAAGAACUGUCAGCCCACAAUUCGCCUUGUUCUUCGCCCUGGCAAUGGUCACCAACUACCGAGACGUCAUCGUCGACAACAACAUGGACUUUACCGACAUGAUCAAAUUCUUCAAUGGUUUGUUUCUGGGGUGAACUUAUGAACUUUAAAACAAUUUUUCAAUAGGAAAACCCCGAAUUUUCUGAUAGUAUGUUGUUGUGCGUCAAAGUGUACACUAGCAAACAAUUUUUACGCGCAUUUUUUUGAUGGUACGACAAAAUCUCAAGUCCGCAAAUCUCGAGGACCGUAAUCUUGUGUACGCAGAUCUAAAGUCCCAUAAUCUUGGAAACCACAAUCUUGGAAAGCAAAAAUCAACGCUUUUGCGAACAGAUUUUUUCAGAAAUUGUAUUCGGUGAUCCAAACAAGAGAAUAUAAGUAGAUAAAGUGCAAUAAAGAAGACUAAAAGGGAAGAUUUUUGCUUUCCAAGAUUGUGGUUUCCAAGAUUUUGGCCUCCAAGAUUUUGGUUUCCAAGAUUAUGGGACUUUAGAUCUGCGUACACAAGAUUACGGUCCUCGAGAUUUGCGGACUUGAGAUUUUGUCGUACCAUCAUUUUUUUCAGACGGAAGUUUUUUUAUAUCUAUUUUUUUAAACUGAUUCCAUUUGUUGUUCAAAGCUAAUUAUCAAAUCAAUACCUCGAAAUUUGAAGAAAUGGCCGAACGACAUGACUGCGCGAGACUUCUACAAGCGGCCAGGAACCACGUCUGGUGCCUCCAAAAUUUGGUUCAACAACUGCGAUAAUUUCUUUCAUUUUUUUUUCAAUUCUCGUAGUUAUAGUUCUGAAGAACGCUAACGAUAUUUAUCUGCUUGCAAAUUUCAUCAUGUAUUCUUUUUUUUUUCAUGGUUCCCAAAUAACCAUGUUUUUCUUUCGGAUGGUCUUUUUCUUGUUAAUUUCUUCCAUGUUCUCAUUUUCAGUGUAUCAAAUUUGGCUGCAAGGUUUUUUAGUUUCAUUUUUCGCUAGAUUUUUUUUAUUUCCUCGUCCAAAAUAAUAGAAAAAAUUAAUCGUGUUUUACUUACAUAUUUUGUGCUAACAAAUACGUGGUCCUUCCGAUUAAUUUUACGUUGUCCAGAGAAGAGUAUAUUAAUAAUUAUCUUUAUCUAUCAUCGAAUUACAAUUUUGUUUGAAUAAAUUUUUUUAUUAUUGUUUCUGUGAUUCUUUUUGUCGUUAAAAGCUUCGAUUCACUCGUAUUGUUAAUGAAAAAAAUGUUGUUUUUCAGGGUGUUCUAUUCGAGUCAACAUUGUUUGAGACUCUUAGGAAGGUUUUAUGUUUUUUUUUUCAAGUAAUGAUGGGUAAAAAAAAGUCUAGAUUAUGGAGAUAAUUUUAUAUUAAGAACAAAAGAAACAGAGAGAAAUUGCAGUGAGAACAGACUCGUUGUCUUGAAUUUUGACCCCACCAAUUUUUUGACCCUUUGGCGGCCCAGAAGGGUUUUGUCAUCAUUUGCUCGAUGUUCUAGAAGGUCGACGUUCAUCGAUUGGUUUUCUACACGUUUUUAAGGUUAUUUUCUUUGUAAAUUUAUUUUUAUCGAUCAUGUCAAUGUAUUUAUUAAGCUAAAUAUUAUGAUUCAAAGAAAUUUCAUUGGAAAACUUCAUUUUUUUGGUGUAUUUUUCGAUCAAAAUGAGCUUCAGAAGGAUGUUCUCGUAACUGUUUUAUCUAUUUUAUCUUUUUACGGUAAUACUUGCUGUUUUCUUUCAAGGAGACGGGAAAAUUGCUAAGCUUGUCGGAGUUAUAUAUGAGCUGUUUUAUGUGUUUUUCAGUCAUUAACUCCUGCAGCUGGAAAUGCAAAACAAGGUUUUGAAAACUAGAAAAUAGUUUAUAAGUUAUAUCAAGAUUCGUUUGAAGUUCUUUCUGUGUAUCACUUCUCAAAAAAACUUUUUUCAACGAGUUAUUCUCUUAUUUUUAUUGAAAACGAUAGAACUGACACAAAACCCCCCUCAAACAAAGUAAUUUGAAUAAAUUUGAAAAAGUUUUCGGAAGCAUGAUUUAGGAGUUUUUGCUGUGUGUCGCCUCACUACUUGAUUUUUCUUUCGAAGGUUGUGACUCGUUUAAAGUGAUUUCGUGGUAUAUAAUUUGAAAACGUGAUUUUUUUUUUUGGUUGAUUCUAGGUAAUUAAAAUCAGUUUUCAGACGGAUCAUGCUGUAGCUCUACGACGAGAAGCCGAAGAUGCUUCUAGGACGUGUCGGAUGGAAGAUCUACAACGAGGACAGAAGGACCUCUUCGCCAAAGACGCUGAUUGAAGCGCAACUACCGGCCGAUCGGAAUCGACUCUUCAGUUCAACUCCAGUUGUUGGUUUUUACUCGAAGGUUGUGCCUUGUUCAGAGUGAUUUCGUGGUUUCUACUCGGCAAACUUGUGAAAUAGCGAUGUUUUGCAAGCAUAGUCGAGUGAAAAUCGCAGAGUCACUCUGAACGAGGCAUCACUUCGAGGCAAAACUUGUAGUUACUUCAAAAAAAGUAAGUGUUCGGGGUGUACGAGCCCCUUUGCCACCAACGAACAUAAAUUCUUGAAGAAGCGCGCCAGGAAACGGACGCCACCAGAUCGAUCGUUGGUGACGUCCACACCCGGCGCUGUACUCCAAGAGUCUCUGCAAGUUGGGAGGCAAAUGCUUGGCUGGGAUUCGAACCCGAGUCUCCAGAUCGAGGGACGAGUUGCCUCGCCACUCUACCAAGCCCGCACGUUCGUUCCACAGGCAUCGGCGCCACAUACCGCCGCUGGUCCCGUGUGUUUGCUUGGGCCGAGAGGCAGAGGCGCCGUUUGA